AACCUGUCGGUGUAGUUCCUGGUUGUGUAAAGUGGAGAGCCAGCCUCUGUUCAGGUUGUUGUUUUUCUCAUCGUUACUAAGCCAAACGGUUGUUUUAUUUCGACCAAUAUGUUUAAAAGUUUCGGGUCGUGGUUGGGGUUUGAGAACCAGCCGUACACGAAGACGUCGGACGAGAAAGAAAACGUGAGUGUGGAGCAGGAAGAAAAGGUGGUGGAGGCACAAAACGAGGUAAACAAACAGCAGCCAGCUGAUCAGGAUGGAGAACCAGAGGUGAACCAAGAAAACUCUGAACACGGCAAAGGACUUGGAGAAUACAUCUUCAGCUUUGCCUCCAGUGCCACCAAGAAGAUCUCUGAGUCAGUGGUAGAGACAGCUCAGACCAUCAAGAAGACUGUGGAAGAAGGGAAAAUCGACGGCAUCAUAGAUAAGACAUUCCUAGGAGACUUCCAAAAGGAGCAAGAGAAGUUCGUCCAAGAGAAGAAGGCGAAAAAAUCAGAAGCGGCAGUGCCUCCCUGGGUCGGUUACAAUGAGGAGGAGACAAUCCAGCAGCAGAUCCUUGCUCUGUCAGCUGACAAGAGGAAUUUCUUGCGAGACCCUCCCGCUGGUGUUCAGUUUAACUUCGACAUGGAGCAGAUGUAUCCUCUAGCUGCAGUGAUGCUGGAGGAAGACCAGCUCCUCAACCGCAUGCGCUUUGACCUGGUUCCUAAACAGGUGAAGGAGGAGGUUUUCUGGAGGAAUUAUUUCUACCGGGUGUCUCUGAUCAAGCAGUCCGCUCAGCUCACAGCACUGGCAGCCCAGCAGCAGCAGAAGGAGGGUGAGGACAGAGGGGCCAAUGUUUCACCUGAGGACGUCGUCUUAACAGACAAUGUCAGACCAAAAACUCCACCAGUUUCCAUCAGUGACAUACAGGAGCCACCUCACGAGGAAGAGGAGGAGAUGUCAACGAGUCCCGGAGUGUCCGAGUUUGUGAGUGACGCUUUCGACCCAACCGCCAUCAACCACGAGGACCUGAGGAAAGAGAUGGAGCAGCUGGUGCUGGAUAAGAAGGAGAGCGUCCCCUCUCCUGAUGAUGAGUCAGCAGACUGGGAAAAGGAGCUGCAGCAGGAGCUUCAGGAGUACGAGGUGGUCUCUGAGUCCGACAACAAAGAUGACCAAUGGGAUCAAGAGAUCGAGAAGAUGCUCCAGGCUGCCGACAGCUAGACAACCACAGCGUGUCCGUCUCCUGUUCGGUGAUGUGGCCCAGAAUGGAGAAACAGUGACCAGUGAUGCACAAGGGGAUGAACUUCCACAGUCUCCGCCCACCCAACUGUGAUUACUAUCUUGUAAACAUUCCCCUGUUCCUAAUGAAGGUGUAGGUCCAAUUAAAGCAAGAGUGUGACACCUCUGCUGUCAUCACUGGGUAUGUUCAGGUGUAUUAGUAAAGCACUACUUCAUUGCUCCUUUCUAAAGUACUCUUAUCUACUUGUUCUCCCUUAUGCUGUCUCUUUUUGACAAGGAAAAGCCACCAGAGGGCGCUCCAGUACAACUGCAGUGAAUUUUACAACAAAGGGGCCUGUUUGAAAUGACAUGAAAUUUAAUCUGUGUUUCCACUGCUGCUUUUUGGUGGGUUGUACAAUAAAGUCUUAGUAUAGUAAAAGUAAGGUAAAGUUAAAUGUAAAGUAACAUUUAUGUAAAUAAAGAUAAUUCUAACACUAUACUUCAAA